AUGGCAAAGUACGCAUAUCAACCCCUAACCGGCAAGCCAGGUGCUAGGUCCAUCAGACUGAUCGAGCUUCAACCGGGUGUCGACAACGACCCUAUCAAGUGCAACAUCACCCAUGCGUCUCUAGACGACAAUCCAGAAUACUGCGCCAUCUCCUACUGCUGGGGCGACGCCUCUGACCCGGUAUCCAUAUCCUGCAACCCAGAAGGUAACACGCUAGCUAUCACUAAGAACCUCAAUGAAGCCUUGCGCAACUUCCGCUACCCGUACGCCUCGCAGCUCCUAUGGGCGGAUUCGAUCUGCAUCAACCAAGCAGACCUCGACGAGCGGCGAGAUCAAGUGAUGCUGAUGGGCGACAUCUACCGCUCAGCACAGCGGGUGCAGAUCUGGCUGGGCUUGCCACCCGAGAAGCCCAAACGCAAACCCGACAUCCGGCUCUUCGACUUCAUCUCUCAAAUCGCCUAUGCAGACAGCGAGGUGCCCUUCGACGCGCCACCCGUCGUCCGAAUGGUAUUGUCGCUUCGCUCGCUGAACAAAGAGCACUUCGAGGCCAUGGAAUGGGUUACCAGCCGCGAAUACUUCCGUCGCGCUUGGAUCCUGCAGGAGGUUGCUCUAGCUCAGUGUCCGCUCCUCUACUGUGGCUCUGACAGCCUGCCCUGGGAUACAUUUAUGGAGGCUUUUGGACUUCUCAUGGACGCUGGUGUCGCACACUUGGUUGCGCCCUUGGGCACCGAGUUUGCGCUGGCGAUUGAGUCGACGCGCGAAACCGUCACCAGUGUGGAAGAGGGUGGGAAGGAGGAGACGGGGGAGGGGAAGGAGAAGCGGGAGUCAAUGCUGAGUUUGCUGGUGCUCCAUCGCUGGCGGCUGGCUACUGACCCCAGAGACAAGAUCUACUCACUACUCGGCCUAGCAAAAGACAGUGGGCCUGCAGGGCUGAAUUUGCGUCCUGACUAUAGCCUUAGUAUCGCCGCCGCGUAUGAACGCUUAGCCCGAACCCUAUUGGAUGCCAAUGGGAAUCUGGACGUCAUAACCGUCGCGGGUAUACCUAGGGAGCAGCCUGGUGCCCCUGAUGGCCUUCCUUCGUGGGUGCCUGACUGGUCUAGCACCGAACGCCGUUCGCCAUUCGCUCUUCGUGGACGGUUCCUUGGCAUCGAAAAGUCGGCCUUUCGCGCCGCUGGCGAUUCUACCUGGACAACGGCUUCUGCAGAGGCUACUACAGGUGUUUCUACGGCUAUAGGAGGACAACUCGGUGUUCAAGCACAAAUCUUGGACACCAUCGGUGAACUGGGCCGCGCCAUGCGCCCAGAGUUCGGCGUCACGGAAUACUCGCCUAGCUACACGAAGCUUCUGGAUUCGCUUUACUAUGAGGACACGAUUUUUGGCGAGUGGGAGAAACUCUGUGGUGCGAGACUAACUGGCAAGACUUACGCUGCCACAGGCGAGCCACUCUUCGAUGCGUACUGGCAGACGCUUAUCGCGGGGUACCUCGAAGAUCCCCACGACGGCGACGAGAACCACGUUAAACUUAGUAAAAGAGGUUCGGCGUUCGACGCCAAAAAGCGCCAGUUCCUUGCAUUCGAUCGAUACAAGCGCAAAGCGCGCACCCUCGCCCGCAUCAAACACAAGCUCGCCACCGGCAAGGUGGCGUUCUUUUCCAAACCGGCCAGGUUGUGUCUCGCUCUCACUCUCAUCUUGGCCAUGAUCUUCUUUGCUCCUAAGUCUGCCCCUGCCACCGUCAACACCGGCACCGCUGGCAGCAUUAGGUUCAGACUCCCGGAUCAGACCGAGACGCGCGACAUUGCUAACGACAUUGCUCUCGCGUCUGCAAACAGGCGCUUCGUUGUGUCUAAGGGGAGGAACCUCAUCGGUAUGGUGCCCGCCUCCGCCCAGCUUGGGGACCGUAUUUGCUUGCUGAAGGGCUGUAGUGUGCCGUUAUUGUUGCGGCCUUGCAGUGGAGAUGGUGGCGAUCAGAAGCAGUGGAAAUUAGUUGGAGAGUGCUACUUCCAUGGUGUUAUGAACGGGGAGCUGUACAAUGAAGCAAAAUGUGAGCCAAUAUGGCUAUCUUGA